AAUUCGCUGAUUUGUGGGAAGUCCCCCAAGUGAAUUUCCAAUCUGUAUUUAUUUUGUACAUGAGUGAUCAUUUACAAAGUUCUUGUUUAUUUGUUUUGGAUACAUUCCCGAUAAGGAUCUGACUUCGCUAACGGACGUGUUGCUCAAAAAUGGAUGAUAACUAUAUGGAAAUCUUGAAGGAAAUUUUUCCUAACCGUUCCACUGAACAAAUAGAAGAUGUAAUUGAAAUGGUCCAGGAAAACGGUGAGGUUGAAUAUAACUUGGAGACAAUGAUCAAUCUCUUGACUGAGUCAGGCGAAUCGACCAUUUUCGAACACACUGAAGGCUUGGAUGAAGCUGCAGGGUUUGGACAUAACGAAGGAGGUUAUGGGCACAGAACUCGAAACCGAUGUGAUGCUAUUUUUGCUCAAUUGUCCGAUGUGAUUCCUGAUGCAGAUCCUGAUUACUUGAGGAAAGAAUCGGAAUUGUUGGCCGAACAGCCGAAUGAUGAUUUGCAUCAGUUCAUAUUAGAUACUAUAGACUCUAAUAACUAUCCUACAAGAAAGGACUAUCUCAUACGACAAAGAAAUGUAGAUGAAAUCAGAAAAUUCACUAGACAUUUUACAGUCGAAGGAUUUUUAGACGUCAUACCAAAUCCAGCGGAGUAUUUCAAUUCCCCCAACUACGUAUCAUCCCUUUCUGAUGAGAAUAUUAGUGCACUGGAUGAAGAUUACGCUUUGAAAUGCCUAAUGAAUAUAUUUCCAUAUCUUAGGGAAAAAGAUAUAGUGAAGAUUUUCAAGAGAAGAAAAAAUUUGAUUCAGGCUAGUGAUAUCCUUGCAAGGGUUCCAAGACAUUUCAAAAAUCCUAGAAUACCAUGUGAUAUCAACGAGGACUGUGAUAACAUUAAACUUCUGCAAGAGAUAGCAUUUAUUGAAAAUAGGAAUGAAAUAAAAACUGCGAUCAAGAUGAAAGAUGAACAUUAUAGAUUAGCUAGAGAAGAAGCUGAGAAAUUUGGGCUGCUGGAAACCUGCCAAUGCUGUUACUUCGAAGGACUGUUGCCUGAAGAAUGUUACUUUUGCAAGAAAAGCUGUCCCUUUUGUAAGGAGUGUGUGCAAAAAGGGGUUGAGCAUGCGAUUGGGGAGGGAAAAUUGAAUUUUCCUUGCCUCACAAACUGCAAUUCUGAGUUCGACAUUUCUACCUUGAGGAUGGUUUUGAACAAGAAGACCUUCGAUCCUCUAUUCACCAAAAUACAGAUGGAAGAGGUAAAAAAGGCUAACAUUGAUGGUUUAGAAACCUGUCCAUUCUGCGAUUUCUCAAUGAUUUUAUCUAGUGAGCAAAAGAUUUUCAAGUGCCAAAAUGUGGAUUGUAUGGAAGAAACUUGUAGAGAGUGUAGACAUAAAUCGCAUGUGCCAUACAGAUGUAAUGAAAUUGAAUAUGAUGAAGAUGUUCGAAGAAGGACUUACAUUGAGAAUAAAAUGACUGAAGCUUUAGUGAGGACAUGUUGGAUGUGCCAAAAAUCAUUUUUGAAAGAAUCUGGAUGUAACAAAAUGACUUGUCCUUGCGGUGCGAAAAUGUGUUAUUAUUGUGGCGCCAAUGGUAUAGGAUAUGACCAUUUUGGUGAAAUAUCUUCGAACAAGUGCCCUUUGUAUACCCAAGACCUUAAACAAUUUCAUGCAGAUCGUGUGAUUAAAUCAGCUGUGAAAGCGAAAGAAGAACUUGGUCUCAACCAAAAUCCCCAAUUGCUAAAAAUAGAUCCAACUGAAGGAUUGGUGGAAUAUUUUCAAGGAUUGUAGGUAAAAAUCGUAUGUUCGCUGUGUACUGUGAAUCUAUUAGUUCAGUUCAGGCAUGAAAGAAAAAGUGCAAUCCCUCAAAAAUAUGUUAUAGUUAUCUGUUUGAAAAACUCUAAGAUUUAAAAUUUUUUAUUCUUUGAUAUAUUCGGAUUUCGAAGUCCAGGAUCUUAUUAAUAAAAUGAUUCGUAUUUAAUCUGAUAAUUAAAAUACUCCAAGUGAAAAAUUCGCUGUGAAAUAAAUAUUAUUGUUCGAAUGAUCUUAUAACUAUGUACAGGUUACUCAAAGUUUUUAUGUACUAUUUGGGUUUGUACCUUGUAUAAGAAUAUUGUUAAAACUUCAAAUCUUUUAUAAUUGGACUUUUUUAUUAUUACAUUUUUUUAAUGAACUGAAUAUUCAAAUAAAAAUUAUUGUAGUCUUUAUUGAUAUUUUAAAUUCAAUAUGAAGAUUUAUUCUGUUGGGGACGGUAAUUUAUGGCAUUUCUGAAAUAACAAAUAUGUGUGAAUGAAUUUUCAUCAGAUAAUUUUCAUGAUAUGUCAACUGUAUUCACUAUUGAUGAGAAGUUUCUGUAAAUUUAAUUUUUUUUACUCAAAUUGUUUAUUCCUGGUUUAAUUACUUUAUUAAAUAAAGAUGACUCAAAUAUU